UCGCGCCCCUCCCCUCCCCCGUCCUUCCUUCCUUCCUUCCUUCCUUCCUUCUUUCCCUGUCGCCGACAUGCCGACUGGCGGCCUGCUCUGCCUGGCCCUGGCCCUGGCCCUGGCGGGCGGCGUCCGCGCCGACGCCCCCGAAGAGGAGGACCACGUCCUCGUCCUGAAGAAGAGCAACUUCGAGGAGGCCCUGGCGGCCCACAAGUUCCUCCUGGUGGAGUUCUACGCCCCCUGGUGCGGUCACUGCAAAGCCCUGGCCCCCGAGUACGCCAAGGCCGCCGGCAAGCUGAAGGCCGAAGGCUCCGAGAUCCGACUGGCCAAGGUGGACGCCACGGAGGAGUCGGACCUGGCCCAGCAGUACGGGGUCCGAGGCUACCCCACCAUCAAGUUCUUCAAGAACGGGGACACGGCCUCCCCCAAGGAGUACACAGCCGGCAGGGAGGCGGACGACAUCGUGAACUGGCUGAAGAAGCGGACGGGCCCGGCCGCCGCCACCCUGCCGGACGUCGCGGCCGCCGAGGCCCUGGUGGAGUCGAGCGACGUGGCCGUCGUCGGCUUCUUCAAGGAUGCGGGAUCGGAGCCGGCCAAGCAGUUCCUGGCGGCGGCCGAGUCCAUCGACGACAUCCCCUUCGGCAUCACGUCCGGCGGCGAGGUCUUCGCCAAGUACCAGCUGGACGAGGACGGCGUCGUCCUCUUCAAGAAGUUCGACGAAGGCCGCAACAGCUUCUCCGGGGAGGUCACCAAAGAGAACCUGUCCAACUUCAUCAAGCAGAACCAGUUGCCCUUGGUCAUCGAGUUCACGGAGCAGACGGCCCCGAAGAUCUUCGGGGGCGAGAUCAAGACGCACAUCCUGCUCUUCCUGCCCAAGAGCGUGGCCGACUACGACGGCAAGCUGAACAACUUCAAGAAGGCGGCUGGCAGCUUCAAGGGCAAGAUCCUCUUCAUCUUCAUCGACAGCGACCACACGGACAACCAGCGGAUCCUGGAGUUCUUCGGCCUGAAGAAAGAGGAGUGCCCGGCCGUCCGCCUCAUCACCCUGGAGGAGGAGAUGACCAAGUACAAGCCCGAGUCGGACGAGCUGACGGCGGACAAGAUCAAGGAGUUCUGCGACCGCUUCCUGGAGGGCAAGGUCAAGCCGCACCUGAUGAGCCAGGACCUUCCCGCCGACUGGGAUAAACAGCCCGUCAAGGUCCUGGUGGGCAAAAACUUCGAAGAGGUCGCCUUCGACGAGAAGAAGAACGUCUUCGUGGAGUUCUAUGCCCCCUGGUGCGGGCACUGCAAGCAGCUGGCGCCCAUCUGGGACAAACUGGGCGAGGCCUUCAAGGACCACGAGAACGUGGUCAUCGCCAAGAUGGACUCGACGGCCAACGAGGUGGAGGCGGUCAAAGUGCACAGCUUCCCCACGCUCAAGUUCUUCCCGGCCAGCGCCGAGAAAACGGUCAUCGACUACAACGGGGAGAGGACGUUAGAAGGGUUCACCAAGUUCCUGGAGAGCGGCGGACAGGACGGGGCGGCCGACGAUGACGACCUGGAAGAUCUCGAAGAAGCGGAAGAGCCGGACCUAGAGGAGGACGACGACCAGAAGAAUUUGAGAGACGAACUGUAAGAGGAGAGAGUUGGUUUUUUUUUUCCCCAAAAUAAGACACUACACCAUCAAGCUGUAUCCCCCGCCCCCCAAAAGCCGCAGAACGCAUCUGCAAAACGCGUAAGAAUCGAAAACCGAAGGAGAACGUUGAUGGAAAUCCAGGGAUUUUUUUUUUUUUUUUUAAAGUAAUACUUCGUCCCAACGUACCUGUAAAUUUGAAUGUCUCUGGCCGUUUAACCUUUUUUUUUUUUUUUCCUUUUUGGCGGGGGGAAGGGGGGAAGGUUUUGGACUCCAGUAGCCCAGCCUGCCCUGGUGAGAGAGUCUUUAUUUGAAUUUUUUUUUUUUCUUUUCUACUGUGAUGUACCUUUUGUUCUUUGUUUGUACACGGGUUUGGGUCGGGGCGGCAGCAGGUUGUAAAGUUUAAAGGCGCGAGUCCUCAUUGCUUAAGACGGGCGAGUCGCAGGUGGUCGCCGGUGUGUCGGUAUGCUUUUUUCGGGAAGAGCCUCCUCUGUCGGGUUCCCGGCAGGCUCACCUUAAUCCGCUCUUCCCCGGAAGCCCCCCGCUCAUCCCCCCCGCCCCCGGCCGGGAUAAACCAGGGACUCUCCCCUCCUCACCAGUGUUAAUGUGGAUAAACGGGGUGACCCUUGGAUCUUGGUUUCGAGGACACCGUCGUCCUCUCCCGACCCCCGCCUCACCCCCAGUGCACCUCGGAUGUAGGCCGUUGUUUGGGCGAGAGCCACGACGAAGCCAAUCGCCGCCCACCCCGUGCCGAAACAGGGUGCCAUUUCAGUUUUUUGGGUUUUUUGGGUUUUUCCUGGUGCAUCAGCUCUGACCCAUGGAAUGUUCUUCCACGUCACGAGGCAGGGCCCUGGAGCCCGGUGCAACAGACCAGGAUACGAAUGAUUUUCGGGGGGUCUGGGGGAGGUCGGGGGGGCGGGAAUAUCUGAGCAGGAAUCAAACUCUUCAAGUUCUCGAAGCGUUUCCACACCGCGUCGGCGGCGUGGAACACAUUGGCCAAAUAAAGAUAAAAUUUUACUA